UAUGAGAGCUUUGAGUUAUUGAAUUCUCUCUUCAUCCUAAACUAAGAAUGAAGAUAGCACAACUCAUCAGUCUCACAUUAUUUCUAGUGACGAUCCUCUUUUCUCUCUUCUCAAUCCAUGCUUCAGCUGAUCAUCAUCAGCCAUCCUUGUAUCAGAGACCUCAUCAUCGUCAAUACAAUCCUCAAACCAUCGCUUAUAUAAAAGCCUCUUGUGAAACCACUUUGUAUCCAAAUCUAUGCCUUCGCUGCUUAUACAAAUUUGCCAAUUCAAACAUCCAAAACCCACAACACUUGACUCAUGUGGCCUUAUCUGUGAGUCUCUCAAGAGCACAAUACACAAGAGAUUACUUGCUACAAGUAGCCAAACAAUUCAAGGCACUCAAGAAUCGCAAUGACAAUGGUAGAGACUAUUUUGUUCUGCAAGAUUGCUUGAAGCAGAUCAAUGACAGUGUGGACCAGCUUGGCCUUUCAAUAAAAGAGCUUGAAAGGUUUAAUAAGAUCCCAAGCACUAAGAUCAAUGAUGGUGUCUUGUGGCACAUAAGCAACGUUGAGACAUGGGUUAGUACUGCUCUUACUGAUGCAAGCACUUGUGUGGAUUACUUUCCAGGUCACAGAAUGAGUAAGAUGAAGGCUACAAUAAGAGGGAAGGUCUUGAACGUUGCGCAAGUCACUAGCAAUGCACUUGGCUUGUUUCAUAGAUAUGCGACCAAGUACAGAGCAGCAGCAGCAGCAACCAAGAGACCCUAAAAGUUGAAAGAUAUAUAAUAUGGCCCUUUGUUUUUUCGUGUAGAUCAGAUCACGCGUGUUUUUUCAAGGGCAAUGGAAGUCAUGAAUUGAAACAAGAAAUUAAUUUUGUUAGUUUUAAUUAAUUCGAUUUAAUCUAUCUCUUUUCCAUUUGUAUGUGUAAAAAGGAGCCUUAAUUUAUUCCGAAUGAGUUUCAUGUCUGUUGAAUAAUUUAUCUCUCAUAGGGAAAAUAGCAACUUUGUUUCUCUUAUAUGUA